AUGGAAGUCUCGGAAAGAGUGAUCAGUAGAAUCACUAACUCCUUUAGUGAUGGCGGCAUACAUUUUGCGUCUCCAAUUUCCUCUUUAAGGACAAGCGAAAUUGACCUGGUGCGAGGAGUGUUGCAAAUGAUGCAAGGUCUGUCGAGUUCCCUGUUUUUUUGGGACGAUAAUGGACAUUGUUUUCGUGUUAAGAGUGGGAUAUACGUGAUUCAUCUUUCCCAAACAAGUUUGUAUGGCGUUCUUGAUAAGUUUAUAUAUGCUGCAACCAGUUUAAAAUUGGUAGAGAUUGUUGUGAACAAAAUUGAGAAAUCCAAGCGCUUGCCUCCGCCUACUUUGAGAGCAUUUGCUUGUUCCGUUUCUGCAUGGCUCAGAAGGAUUCGAGAUAUUUCUUUGAAUGAAGAGAUGAAGAUAAAUAGUUCUGAUGGCAAAACUACUCCGACCCUAUUGGGGCUGUCAAGUUCUUUGUCAAGUCUUUGCUCAGGAGCUGAAUAUUUGUUUCAAAUAGUGCAUGAAGCCAUUCCACAAUUUUAUUUUGAACUCGAUCACUCUAUCUCGGCUGCGGAAGUUUCUGUUCACAUUAUUAACCAUCUCUAUGCGAAGCUUAAUGAAGUUUGUCUCCUGCAAGGGGGUGAGGAGGAUGAAUAUAGGAUGCUACUUUAUAUACUUGUGGGUAGUCUUUUGCCUUACAUUGAGGGUCUUGAUUCAUGGCUUUUUGAAGGAACUCUUGAUGAUCCUUUUGAGGAGAUGUUCUUUUAUGCUAACAAUGAAAUUGCAAUUGACAAGGCUGAGUUUUGGGAGAAGAGCUAUCUGCCAAGAUCAGCAAAGUCUCAAAAAUUACGUGUUCUGGAUUUUGCCUCUGAUCUUCUAUCUUCAACAAAAGAGAAAAGGAAUUUAAGUGGUAGAGAAUCCAUUUCUCUAUCUGGUGUUGCCAAAGAAAAAGAGUCAAAUAAAAAUACUUUUCAACUUUGUCCAUUCUUCAUGAAAGAUACAGCAAAGGCAAUUAUAUCUGCUGGAAAAUCACUGCAGCUGAUCCGUCAUGCUCCUAUGACUUCUCUGUUAACAGCUCCUGCCACCAACCUUGAGAAUGAAACUAGUAUAGGUGGUUUAACUUUGUCGGAGAUCUUCUGUGUGUCAUUAGUAGCUCUUAUUUUCCAUGGCGACCACAUCUCUGAGUACCUUUGGCAAGAUAACAAACUUGUUUCUUCAUUUGGCUCCGUUAAGGAAAUACAAAGGCUAGAAGAGAGUAAUGGGACUUUGACUGCUAAAACAAGCUCGAAUAAAGCCUGGCAUAAGUUAUUGACUGAUAUAUUGGCCCAGAAAAGAGAUUUGAGUUCAGGAUAUGCACAAAGAGAUCCAUUAAAUUCCUUUAGUGUGAAGGGAAAGAAACUAACUUCAAAUGAAAUAGAUGAACUGCCCCAGUUUAACACAUUUUGUCCUGAAAAUCCAGUUAUUACUGUAUGUCUAAAGCUUCUUCAUGAGAAUAGGGAUGCUUGGAGUGCAUUGAACAUAUCUCAAAACUAUCAUCUUCCUCCUUUAAAUGAUGAGGGUCUGAGGCAAGCUAUCUUUGGUGAAAAUUGCGGAACCGGUUUGGCACAUAAGAAUACAGAUUACACUUCUGGCUUUCAGUUUGGUGAAUUUGAACGUCAGGUGGAAGAUGGAGAAAUGCUCAAAGUGUUGCUUCCCUGUCCAACACUUCUUCCAUUAUUCCGGGAAGACAUGUGCAUGUCAGAGGUAUUACCGUUCCAGAAUAAUAGCACCCUUCCAUCAAGAAUCCUCAGCUGGAUCCAGAGUACUGAACCAAAAAGUACACCACUUCCUGCUGUAAUUCUUCAGGAGUGCCUUACCAGCUAUAUCAAAAAGCAGACUGAUCAUAUUGGCAAGAAUAUGUUGUCAAAAUUACUGCAUGACUGGAGAUUGUUAGAUGAGCUCGGCGUGUUGCGUGCCAUUUAUUUAUUAGGAUCAGGUGAUCUUUUGCAGCAUUUCUUGACAGUGAUUUUUGCUAAAUUAGACAAAGGAGAACCCUUGGAUGAUGAUUUUGAGUUGAACACAAUCUUGCAGGAGUCAAUAAGGAACUCUGCUGAUAAAGUACUACUAAGUACCCCAGAUUCAUUGGUUGUGUCUGUAACAAAAAAUCCUGGUUCCAGUGAAGACGAUCAGCAUUAUAUGUCCACUUCAGUCUCAACUCCCCGUAAAGGUCGUAGUCAGAGCUUUGGAAUAGAUGUUCUUGAUUCUCUCAAGUUCUCAUACAAGAUUGCUUGGCCACUUGAACUUAUUGCUAACCUGGAAGCAAUGAAGAAAUAUAAUCAGGUUAUGAUCUUCUUGUUGAAGGUUAAUCGAGCUAAAUUUGUGCUUGAUAAAGCUCGGAAGUGGAUGUGGAAGGAUAGAGGCACUGCAACAACUAACAGCAAGCGCCACUGGUUGCUGGAGCAAAAACUCCUUCAUUUUGUGGAUGCUUUUCAUCAAUAUGUUAUGGACAGAGUAUAUCAUAAUGCAUGGCGUGAACUCUGUGAACAUAUGGCUGUGGCUGGAACUUUGGAUGAAGCCAUUGAAGUACACGAGUCCUAUUUGUUGUCAAUUCAGAGGCAGUGUUUUGUGGUUCCAGACAAGCUGUGGGGCUUGAUUGCCAGUCGCAUAAACAGUAUCCUUGGACUAGCUCUGGACUUCUACUCCGUACAGCAGAAUCUAAGCAGCGGUGGAGCAAUUUCUGCCAUCAAAUUAAAAUGUGAAAAGGAAGUGGACCGGAUAGAGAAACAGUUUGACGACUGCAUGGCAUUCCUUCUCAGGAUUCUAUCUGUCAAACUCAACGUGGGGCAAUUUCCUCAUUUGGCAGCUCUAGUAACUCGAAUCAACUACAACUACUUCUAUAUGUCCGAUAAUGGAAGCUUGACCGCCCCUGGUUCUAGAUCCUUGCGGUCAACUUAG